AUGUUAAAUAAGUCUGUGAAAAAGGUAUUUCAUCGCAUCACUUAUUCAUCUAGACCAUCAGCAUCUCCAUCGUCGAAUUAUAGCACACUACUAUUUCAUAAAGUGUCAUUUUCCCCUGAUCUGAGCAUGUCUUCUGAUGAUUUUAAUGAUUCUUUUGGUGCAACUUUGAAACCUUUAACUCCCAAUAAAAAGAUAAGUCUGAGUCCUCCUGGAACAGUUAAAGACUCCCCAUCCAAAGCAGAAAGAAUCCUUUCAAUACUACGGUCAGAUCAGUUCAGUUCAUUCAAUGAAAAGGAAAACCUCGUACCUCAUGAUUUAACUGACGGAGUUAAUCAUGUCACUCAUAAACAAAUAGAAUUAAUAGAAUCAAGCCCAUCAAUAGUAAGACAUCAACUCACAGAUAGAGAUGUCAAUAUCAUAGAGUCUUCUCCCGUUGCUAGUCCGGUGAAAAUAUCCCCUAUUCGUCCUUCUAACUUCAUUCCACAAUUUAAGAAAAGAUUAGGUUCUCCAGUUUCCAAAACGUCUAAGAGACAAUUUUCCACUUCAAAUAAUGAUUAUUCUUUAUUUCUUGCCACACAGAAACCAACGACACCUCAGCCAGAGAAAGGGUUCAAACCUGUUCCAAAAAGUGUCAAAGCCUUAAUACUAUCAGCAGAACAAGAAGCAGUGUUAAAAAUGGUCAUGGAAGGUACUUCAUUGUUCUACACUGGUUCAGCUGGUACUGGUAAAUCGGUGUUAUUGAGAGCUAUCAUCAAAAGCUUGAAAAAUAAAUAUUCCAAAGGAAAAGUCGCCGUUACUGCAUCAACUGGUUUAGCUGCAUGUAAUAUUGGAGGUAUCACCGUCCAUAACUUUGCUGGUGUAGGUUUAGCUCAAGGCUCGAUGAAUACGCUUUUGAAGAAAAUCAGAAAGAAUCGUAAAGCUUUAAACAGAUGGAGGGACAUCAAGGUAUUAGUUAUUGAUGAAAUUUCAAUGAUUGACGGUAAAUUCUUCAACAUUUUAAACCAAUUAGCUCAAACAUUACGCCGAAAUAAUGAACCUUUCGGUGGUAUCCAGUUAGUCGUUUGUGGGGAUUUCUUUCAAUUACCUCCUGUUUCGAAAACUGUGUCAGUGGAAGGAGAGGUGGUAGAGAAGGAAGAGGCCAUGUUCGCUUUCGAAAGUAAGAGUUGGGAAGAUGCCAUUGAGGAAACGAUCAUAUUGAAAGAAGUUUUCCGUCAAAAGGGAGACCAAAAAUUCAUCGAUAUGUUAAACGAUAUGAGGACCGGUAAGGUCAGCGAAGAAACCGACAAGGAAUUCAAGAAACUUACCAGAUCAUUAUCCAAAGUGGAUGGUAUAGAACCAGCUGAAUUGUUUUGUACUAGAUGGGAAGUCGACUAUGCUAACAACAAGAGAUUGAAGAGACUAACCGGACAAACUAAAGUUUAUACAUCUGAAGAUUCUGGUUCACUUCCAGCUGAAAAUCGUCAAACCAUCUUGAACAAUAUUUUAGCUCCUCAAAAGCUUUUUCUCAGAAAAGAUGCCCAGGUCAUGUGUAUCAAGAAUUUCGAUGAGACUUUGGUUAACGGAUCGUUGGGUCAGGUUAUAGGCUUCAUGAACAGAGAUACAUAUAUGCAUUAUGAACUCAUGAAGGAGAAUCCUGAAUUAUCCUCAGAAGAGAUCGCAGCUUUAGCAGAAAGUAAGAAGAAAGAAAAAGGUGAAGAUUUGAAGAUUGAAGAUUCCAAUGAUGAGAUUUUGACCGAUUCCAUUUUCGAUUUCUUAAAGGAUGUGCCAGUAUCAGCCGAUGCUCAUGGUGAAAAUAUCGAAAGAAAGAAAGAUUUACUCGAAAAAUUACAUAGUUCCACAAAUGUCGAAAGGAACAAGUAUCCAUUAGUUCGGUUCUUAUUACCUGAUGGUGUCAAUACCAGAGAAGUAUUGGUCGAACCUGAACUGUGGAAUAUUGAAGAUGAAAAUAUGAAUGUUUUGGCUAAAAGAGUUCAACUCCCAUUAAUACUCGCGUGGUCUUUAUCAAUCCAUAAAUCCCAAGGUCAAACUUUACCCAAAGUCAAAGUGGAUUUGAGAAGAGUUUUUGAAAACGGACAGGCUUAUGUUGCGUUAUCGAGAGCAACUUCAAGAGAAGGGUUACAAGUAUUACAUUUCGAUAGAUAUAAGAUCAAGACUCAUCCAAAAGUGAUUCAAUUCUAUAAAUCAUUGAGUUCGGCAGGAGAAGCUAAGAAGAAAGGACAACAGAAAUUGAAUUUCAAAUUUGCUGUUGCAUAG